AAAUAGGCAGGUUAGGCAGACAUCUGUCAAUAAAAUAAGUGGAUGUUGUCAUGCUUUUAAUUUGUCAUACGUGGACGUUUUUGUGUCAAAAUAGAAAUUAUGUUAUUAAAUAUCUACAUUUCUUUUCUUUUUAAAUGCUAGUGUAUCAAUGAGGUAAUUUAAUAUGUUGAAAGAGCCUGACCCCGACCCCGGAGGUGAGGCCUCUGGGCCCCAAACCUCCAGAGAAAUCAAGGACUUGCAAGAGGAGAACGAACAGCAGCAAGUACUGAUAGCUCAACUUAAGGAGAUGCUGAGGAAAGAGCAGACUACAGUACCCCAAGAAAAAGUGGAGAAGUAUAUAAACACCUUAAGCAAAGCCAAAGCUAAGAAAUCAAGACUAAAGAGAGAUGAUUCUGGUAGUACUGAGAAGAGUAGUACUUCUAUGGAUAGUAAGAAACAUGAGAAAGUUAAUUUGUUAAAGCAACAACUAGAGGAAAACAAGGCAAAACUUGCUGAAAGGGGUAUGCGUCAGAAAGAUCUCCAGGAAAUGGUCACAGCCAUAAAAACCCAAUUGAACGAUACUCAACAGAUUAUUAAUGCUACACCAGCCGGUCAGAUCUCAAUAGAGAAAAAUCUAGAAUACAACAAAAACACUAGUCCCGAAGAGUUGUACAACAUAUUGUUGGUUAAAGAAAGGAAGAUCACUGAGUUGUUUGAAAAAAACCACAAACAAGAAGGUACUAUUUUGGAUUUGCAAGAAAAUCUGAAAGAGAAAGACCAAGUAAUAGAUGCCAGGACAAAAGCCAUAACUCUGAUGACUGAUAACUUGAGUAAAAAGGGAAAAAAUACAUUAGAUGCUUUGGACGAAACCAAAGAACAGAUGAGAAAGAUGCAGGAAAACUUUAUAACGUUAGAAAGUGAAAUGAAAGCUCGACAGAUGAUGUUGUUGAACGACUUAAAAAACAAAAACAUCGAAAUAACAGAACUACAAGAAGAAAUCGAACAGGUUAGGAAAGAAAAGAAUGAAAUGUCUAAGAGUAAUGUAGAGAAACCUGAAGCGGAGAACCAUGAACUUAUUAUUAAAGAUCUACAACAAAAAUUGGCAGAUGCCAAGAAGCUGAACGAAGAAAAUGCUUCUAAAAUAAAUGAUUUAGAAUCACAACUUCAAAAUACUCAAGAUACAAGUGGACAAUCAUCAAAUUCCGAAAUAGAAAAACUGAAGAAGCAAUUGGACGAGAGCAAUAAAAAUAUGAUUAAAGUGAAGGCACAGAAUAAGAGCAAGAUUAAAGACCUGAACAAAAAAUUGGAUUCCUUUAAGAAGAUGAGCGAUGCUAACGCUACGAUUAUACAAUUACAGAACGAUGUAACAAAAUUGAAUGAGAAAAUUGCUGAACUGGAAGAAGAGAAAGGUAAUAUGCAGUUGAAGAUGGUGGAAUCGAUUGAAUCACUUAAAGGAUCUUCCCAAGCUGAUGAUGUCAAAGAAUUGCAAGACAGAUUGGCAAGGAAUUCUGAAGAACUUGAUGAAAAAGACAAAAUUAUAAGUUUAUUGGAGACCGACAUUAUUUCUCUGAAAACAGAGAUAACAAACUUAGCCGAGAAAAAUUCCAGUCUGACUGACAUACAGAAUGAGCAAGUAACAUCUGAAAUUCAAUCCAUCCAAAUCGAAGAGCAGUUUGAAGCCUUACAGAGCGAAAAUAGUAAAUUAAAAGAAGAAAUUGAUAAUAUUAAUAAACAGAAAAAUGAACUUCUUGAAAGAAUCGAGGAAUUUAACAAAGAAAAAGUGGAUUUGACGUCGAAAUUAGAGAGUUAUAUUCAGGAAAACAUGGAACUGCUCGAUAAAUUAGAAAAACUAAGUGCAGAGAAGGUCUCAUCGGCCGAAAGCAUUGAAAUAGUCGAAGGUUUAACGCAACAAGAAAAACUGGAGUUGGCAGCGUACCAGAAACAGAUGGAAACGAAUUUGGAGGAACCCAUCAAGGUAUCAGAAGAAGAACCACCCGCGGAACUGAACGAAAGUGUGCUACAAUUAACCGAAGACUCAGCGGAACUUUUGAGUAAAAUUGAAAUGUUCAAUAUCGAAAGGAAAGAGGUUAUGAUGAAGUUGGACGCAUUGAGGGAAGAAAACAACCAGUUGUCCUUGAAGUUAAACGAAAUAGAGAACAAUAGAGACAUUUUAGCUGAAACGUACGAGCAGGUUCAGACGGAGAAGGAAGAUUUGCAGAAAGAUAACGACGAACUUGCCAAAAAGUUGAAGGAAUUGAAGGAUGGAAAGGUUGGCCAAAAUGAACAGGUUGAAGAUAUGCCAGUAUCGGUCCAACUAGCAGAUCUUCAGAGAGAAUUCGAAAAGAUAUUGAGUGAAAACGCAGACUUAAAACAGACGCUCAAAGAUUUUGACAAAAACGUUCACGAAAAAGAUAACUUAGAAUCCGAAUUAUCGAACGCGAAAGAAAAGAUUACCGAAUUAGAAACUAAACUUAAAGAAAACCUCGAAGAAAUCAAUAACUACCAAACAAUUAUCGAAGAAAACAAAACAGAAUUUAUCAAUUCGUCUAAUAUCAUUAACCAACUGCAAAUACAGCUUUCGGAGACCGAAAACGACAAGAAAGAACUUAACGUUCUGAUAAGUGAUUUGAACGCCGUCGUGAACGACUUACAAAACGAAAAUAACAAAUUAGGCGACUUUGAGAUCAUGGAGAAGCAAGUUGAUGAAUUAAAGAAGUCGCUGAAUGAACAAAUUGAACUGGCGCAGUCACAAGCUGAAGACUUUAAAGAAGAAAUAGCCUGGAAUAAACAAGAAAUGGAGAAGCAAGUAGAAGAAAAGCAGAGAGAAAAAGAAAAGUUAACUGAGGAGUUGCUGCACAAAGAUUCAGUAAUCGAAAAUCUUAAGGACCAACUUAGAGAAAAAGAUGUACACGUGCACAAAAUUAUCGACGAAAUGAAACAAAAGUAUUUAGGUUUACAAGAACAGCUCGAUAGUAACUCAGUUACUUUGAAUAAACAGGACGAUCUGACUAAGAAGAACCGGGAACUCACUGAAAAAUUGAAGAAAGUCGCUGCCAACUUAAAGAAAAAGACUCACGCACUUCAAGAAUUGGAAUCGAAGUACAACGAUGAGAAAGAGAAGUGGGAAACAGAAAUAAAUAAGAAAGAAUCCAGCUCUGGAGAAGUGGUUGCUCUACAGACUCAACUGGAAGCUUUAAAUCAAGAGUUACAAGUGAAAUCGAAAGCGUUGGAAAACUCAGACAUUCAGAUAAAGGAGCUUAAGGACGUUAUCCAGACGUUACAGCAACAAAACGUAGAUUUGCAGAAUAUGCUGCUAGAGGCGCGCCAUAAACAAGAAAAAGUAGCCGAAGUAAGCCUCAAGCAAGAGUUAUCUACAAGUCUACAUGAAGAAUUCGACAAUCUACACGGAAAUAACGAGUCAACCAACGAAGAUAAAGUUAAAGAGUUGCAAUUAAUAAUCGAAAUGAACGAGUCAGAGUUGACUCACUUCAAAGAAAGGAGCCAAAAAUUGGAGGAAGACUUGGCUGUUUUACUAGAAGAAAAAGACGGCUUGUUAGUAAAGUGUCAAGAUUUGCAUCAGCAAUUGGGCUUAAUGUCGAAACAUAUUGAAGAAAAGAGUAGGCUAGAAGACCAAAUGGGUCAACAACUACAAAAAAUUACAACGAAUGACGAAGUGCUCACUAGACAACUCGAAGAAAUCAAAACUGAGAAUAAAGAACUGACGGAUAAAAAUAGAGAGCAGGAAGAAUUGAUAAUGAAGUUUAAAGUUAAAAUUAAGAAGACGCAGGAGAAGAUAAGUCAGCUUAAAACAUUACAAUCUAGUUUGGAAGAACAGGAAAAUCUAAACGCUGAUCUAAAGAAACAACUGGCGCAUCUGGAGACCACGCAGAAGCAUUCUCAAAUGGAAAACGACGAACUGCAGAAGCAAAUGCAAAGAGACUACGAAAAGAUCGAGACUGAUUACCAACUUCAGCUGGAAGGAUUGAUAAAGAGCCGGAAUGAAUUAACCUUCGAGUGUGAAAAGCUAGAAGAAGCAGUUAAGUCUCUAAAAGAUAGAGAGGAAGAGUUGAUCCUCGAAAAUAACGAGUUUAAACAGAAAAUAGACGAACUUCAAACUGAUUAUAACAACCAAAUAGUCAAGCUAAAGGAAAAUCUUAAUCACGUUUCGACUAAUUGGGAAGAAUCCCUUCAAAAAGUUGCUACAUUGGAAACAGCUGUUGAUACUUUACAAAAACAAAUUAUAGUGGAUACAGCCAAAGAAACAAUAGAAGAAGUGAUAACUGAAGCUAAGGAAAAGGUUGUUGAGUUCAAUACAAAAGAUACUCAAACGGAUGCUACAGAAAUCUCGCCAUUUGUGACAAAAGUUCCACCAAUUAGUACAGAAGUCCCACUUGUUUCUCAAUCCCAAGAGAGAAACGCUCAACUAGAUAUUCCUGCGUUUAAUUGGGGCGACGAAUCCGAUCAGUCCUUCCAAUGGGGACAAGAUUCUCAGCAGGCCAGCAGCUGGUUUGAUGAUAACAAUUUCCAACCAGUUACUACUGCACCAGUACAAACUGCUUCUGCACCUAUACAACCUGUACCAGUACAAACUGCACCAGUACAAUCUGCUCCCCAAAAAGUUGUAGUUACAAAAGAAGAUUUAGAAAGUAAGAUAAAAGCUUUAGAAGUGUUGCUGUAUAAUGUAGAUAAAGAAAAGGAAGCGGUUAUUAAGGAAUGUUCCGAAAUGCUCAACGAGUUGACUCGAUUGGUCUACGAGAAAGUUAGUGCUCAAACACCAAGCACCGUUCCACAGCCUCCUGGAGACUUAGAGUCACAAAUAAUGUCACUAGAGCAAGUUAAGGCUGCACAUGAUAAACGUGCACUACAAGAACUUGAGUUUGAAACGACUGACGCUUCUGUAGGCCCUAGUUUAGAGCCAGUCGAAGAAGUCGUCGGUUCUCCGACCACAGCUUAUUUAACGUACGAACCUGAGCCCAUAUUGUCCGACGUCGAAUCCCAAAUCAUGUCUCCGGAUUCGAUAGAUGCGUUUAAAGAUCCUGCAGCGCUCCAACAACUAGAAUUCGAAAGGACUGAUCCAGAUUUAGGCCAACAGAGAUUCCCAGUUGUAGAAAGACUGGCGCAACCGACGAAAGCGUACCUAACUUAUCAAGUGGGCGAGGCAGUGGGAGAGAAUGACGACGGUUGGGGUUGGGGUCCCGAAGAAGCUAGAUUAGAAGAGGAACAUCAAUAUAAGUCUGAAAAUACGCCGCAGGUGCAAGCUUUGAAGUCAGAUAUAGAACAAUUAAGACAGAAAGUGGAGACUCUUUUAGAAGAAAAGGACGCUCAUUGCGAGGAAAUGAAGCAGCUGCAGGUCAAAUGCGGUAGAAUAAUGAAGAAAUGCAAAGACCUCAAGGCACAAAACGAGCAGUUGUUGAAGAAAUCCGACAAAGGCGACGACUUUUUUGAUCUGGAUCAGACGAUUCAGGAAGAAUUGAAGUCGCAGAUACAACAAUUGGAAAAGAAGAUCAAGGAAACUAGCGCAGAAUUAGAGAAAGAGAAGUUAGAGAAGUCUAAUAUUCUAAAACGCGUUGACGUCCUUACAGCUGCCAAUGAAAAGAUGCUGGAGAUGAAAGAGAUCCAAGAGUCGGAAAUUUUGAAGUACAAACGGAAGCUCGAAGAAACGCAAAGUUCCUUCGGUUGGGGCGACGAGCUUCAAGAUACCGAAAUAAAGAAAAAACAACCUCGAGUGCAACAAGAAGAGGAAAGGGAAGAUGUAGAAGAGCUUAAGAGACUUAUUAAAGACCUGACCGCUGACAACGAAGAAUUACAAGCCUUGCUCGAUGACCAAAAGAACCAGAGAGUGCAAUUAGAAAGGAGCAAGAGUCUGACCAACGAAACUAGAUUGAGCAACUUGGAAGAAGAGUUGCAAAAUAAGGAGGCGCUUAUUCAGAAAAUAGAAGAGGAAAGGGACCGAAUACUCAGUGAAAUUAAAAAAGAAAUUGACGAAAAAACAAGUAGAAUUCAAGAAUUAGAAGAACAGAUGCACAAGUCGCAAAGUGAAGAUAAAAAAGAACUUGAUAAUAAUAUCAAAGAAUUAGAAGAUAAAUUAGUACACAUCACGGAAGAAAAGACUAAAUUAGAGGAUGAAAUUAAGCAAAAAAUUGAAUUACUCGAACAUUCAGAGGAAAAUUUGAGACUAAUUCAUCACCAAAAUGAAGAACUGAAGACUGCUCUAGCGGGAAAGACUAAAGAAUUAGAAAAUAACGCACAACUCGAAGAAGUCAAAGCGCUCUUAAUAGAAAAAACGGCCUUAGCUGAAGAAUUCAAGUCGUCCAAUGACACCCUUCACCAGCAAAUUCAAACUCUAAGUUUUGAGUUGGAACACCUAAAGAACGAGUUUGGCAGUUUAGAAGCGAAUAGUACGCAAAUUAUUAAAGAUUUGAAAGCUCAACUAGAGCAACAAAACGAAGUGGACCUAUCUAUUCAAGAUGCAACACAACAGAGAGCUAGUGACGUGCGAGAACUAAUACAAUUAUUUAAGGAAGAGCAAUAUAGGUAUCAUAGAGAAAAGUUGGAGUAUGAAGAAGCUGGUAAGUUGUGCCAGGAUAACGUGCAGGCAUCUAGUGAAUUAGAAAAAGAACUGAAGAACCAACAAGAACAGUAUCACAAUCUUCAAAUAGCCACUUCUAAGAUUAUCCUAGAGCUUCAGUCAGAGCUGGAAGAAAGCAAACAAAAGCUGGACCAAAUACAGAUUGAAAAUAGUUCUAAAUUAAACGAAGUCGUCCAGGAACUGGAAGAGUCGAAGCGACGGUGCGCAGAGCUCCAAUUCGAACAGGAUAUCAAGGUUUCCCAAACGCAAGACGUCGAUGAAAAAUUGCAAGAAAUGUCGCGGUUGCAAAGUUCUUUGAUUGAAAAGGAUACGAGCAUUAAAGAGUUGAAGAUGUUGAUCGAAGAACUGCAGAAUCAGAAAGCUGGUUUAGAAGGGGAGAUGAAAGAAAUGAAGGACAGUCUGAACGAAAAGCAAAUCGAGCUGGAUAGAAUGGAAAAUGAGAUGGUUGAGAGCAUUGCUCGGUUGGAAGAGAAAUGGGCGGCGCAAGUUGAUGAAAGAGGAAAUACAGUCGCCGAAAGCUGGAAGUACCAUCUGAGCAUCGUGGAAUCUGACUUUGCCGCAGUCCAAGAGAAACUUAAGAACGAAAUCAACGAGCUCGAAGAAAAGUGCAACCUUCUCGUGAACGAAAACAAUGAGCUAAGGAAAAAUGCUGACGUCGAUAUUAAAAAUGAGGUCGAUCGUAUUUCUGCUCUUCAACAACAGAUCACUGACAGACAGCAUUCGAUUAAUGACUUAAAUAAACUUUUGUCCACCGAGCAAAUGGAAAAAGCUGCAUUGGCCCAGCAGGUUUUGGAACUGGAGAAAAUACAACAACUAUUGGCUGAUAAAGAAGUCGAAUUCAUAAGACUAAACUCUAAGUCAGAAGCAAUUCAACAGGAAUUAGACGAGCAACACAAAUUCUUCAAACAAGUGAUAGCAAUUCUCGAAGAAAAUACCUCAUUCCCGCUACCUUCUGUCGAAAAAGAGAUCCUGGACGAAAUACGUAGGCAGUUGAAUCUCUCGAGUAACACCAGCCAAGAGAUAAAUUCACAAUUCGAAAAUCUGAAUUCACAACUACAUAGUUAUUACAGCGUUCUUCAAGAAAGAGACGCAGAAAUCUUGAAGUUAAAGGAGGAUCUGGCUCAGUUGCAAAGUUACCAAACAGCUGCCCAAGAAAAAGAAACAGAAAUAUUGAGAUUGAAGGAAGAAACUGCUCAGUUACAGACAUACUACAACACUAUUCAAGAUAAAGACCUGGAAAUUCUGAGGUUGCAUAAUCUUGUCAGAGAUUUGCAAAUACAAACGAAUCAGAUCACAGACAAAGAUCAAGAGAUUGUAAAUCUCACUCAAAAUGUUCAAAACUUGAAUGAUCAAUUGAAGCAAUUGGAUCAGAAAGAAGCAGAAAUUGUUCGACUGCAAGCAGUUAUGAACGAAUACAAGGAAACACUUACCAACAACGAAAGAGCACUUCAAAACUUACAACAACAAUUAACUGAUACCAAUCUAGUAGUUGAAAACCAGAAACAACAACUACAAGACUUUAGCCAAAUGUAUAAUGCCCUUCAGAGCACGUUUGACGAAAGAAAUCAGCAAAUAUCGACGUUAAACCAACAAUUACAAGUCACUCAGAACAACAAAGAAGCUGAGAAGCUUGAAAAUGAGCUAACUCGCUACAAAGAUGAGUGUUUGAAACUUCAACAUUAUCUAGAUGAGUGUCAGCAACAACUUUUCAACAUCACUCAAGAUCUUGCUACCAAAACUCACGAAUACCAAACUGUUAGCCAACAGUUGGCUUACUCCCAACAAAAUGCUGACUUCCUUCAAGGACAAAUAAAUGAUCUGAACGGAACGCUGCACCAAAAGGAGCAAGAGUAUUUGGUGUCCUUGGAAAACUUGAACAAGAGUCGGUACAAAGAAAUCGAAACGCAUUACGAAGAACUUAUGGCUGCCAAAGACUUGGAUAUACAAACUUUAAGGGCACAAGUUGCUGAAUCUGUCUAUAAUGCAAGCGAGCAAUCUACUCUCAAGGCUGAAUUAGAAAAUCAAGUAAAGAAAUUAGAGGAGCAGAUAGUAGAACUGACUACUAUCACAGGAGAGCAGCAAUCUAAAAUAAAAGAAUUGGAAGAAAAGCUUUCUGAGCAGACUUCUUUAUCCGAAGAAGAAACUAAGCAAUUGUCCGAAAUGCGGGGUAUCAUAGAAGAGCAAGUUGUAAAGAUAGAAGACCUUAAGAAGGAACUGUUCCAGAAGAGCAAUGAUUACGAUAGUCUCAUAGCUCAAAUGGAUAUCAGCAGGAGCGCAAUAACUCAACAACCAGUUGCUUCCACUUCGAUUGAAGUACCGUCUCAUUCGUCGUCGCAGAGGCCGCCCCUUCCAGAAGAAGAACCUGAGCUAGUUAAUCGUGCCGAGCUGGAUAUAGCUCUUUAUAUGUUGCACCAAAGGGAUGUGCGCUGCGAAGAGCUCACUGUGGAACUGACGCAUCUGUUAGAAGAACGGGAUACGUUACAACUGAGAUUGUCUACUGCCAUCCGAGAAAAGGAAGAUAUGAGGAGGAAGAAUGUAGCUGGUGGAGCUACUGCAGAACCGACUACUUCUACAAGUGAUGAAUCUGGAUCUCCAAGAAGCAGAACAUCAGAAAUCUUCCUCGCAGCAUCCGGUACUGAACUAGCUAGUGAACCAGCAGAACAUUUAACUUCCAAACAAGAUCUUGCUAGCAAGUUGUCAGAACUGAAGCAGGUUGGCUAUAGGAAAGAUAAGACCUUUGUAGAUGAACAAGAGCUUCGUCGGCUUCAACAGAUGUCCAUAAUGCAACAGCACAUUAAGGAAGCUUCCAAGUUACCACCAGAAGCAGCUGCCAAAUUAGUUGAUGCUAGCUAUACACUUUCUCGUGAUGUGCAAAGUCCUUCCAAGGUUCUCCUAAACUGGUUGUGGGGUAGAAGUACACCAAGAGUGAAUGAAACAUAACAUUUGCACUGCAUGAAACUGACUUUUUAAUAAAUAUGUGCCUAAAUAUUUGUGUAAGGUACUAAGGGCUAACUUGUGAGAUUAGAUGUAUCCGUACAAAAAAAUGUAAAACCAAAAUUUGUUCCUUAUAAGAUUAUUUGUUGAUAUUUUUGAUUGAAAAUCAAAAUUUUUGUUUCUUAUUUAUUUUAAUUAAUACCAUGUCUGGCACAGUAUUGUAUAAGCUGCUAAAAUGUUGGCCCUAUACCUUUACUUAACUUAGCUAAUGUAAAAAUGUGUUUUUAAGAAAAUGUACUAGAUGGAGUUCAUGUUGAAUGAUUGCCAAGGAUGGAAAAAAUAGAUUUUUGUAUAGUGUGAUAUAUUCGGUUAUAAACUAAGUACCAAUUUGUACAGUUUUAUCAUUUCAGAAUGGCAUUUAUUAAUUGUUGUUCCCUGUGAAUAAAUUUUUUACCAAAA